CCAAAAUAUGCUGAGACUGUGUUCGAACACGUGACCUCAUGCUACUUUCCCAUAUUAUCUUAUUUAAACUCAAAACGCUGCGUUUCAGUCAUAGACGGUUACCUGAAGUAGCACACAGAUAAGAUACGAAAACCCUAACAGCUUCUCCUUCAGAAUACAUCGAAAGAGCAUUAGGCGGCGCAUCUGAAUCAAAACGAAGAAGAAGAAGAUGACGAUCGAUGCGCAGCAGAAAACGAGCAAGUUCAAAUGGGGAGAGAUGGACGAAGACGACGAUCUCGAUUUCCUCCUCCCUCCAAAGCAAGUGAUCGGCCCAGACGCCAACGGAUUGAAAACCGUAAUCGAGUACAAGUUCAACGACGAAGGCAAGAAGGUCAAGAUCACCACCAAGUCGCGCGUCCGUAAGCUAGCUUCCGCGAGGCUCAACAAACGCGCGAUGGAGCGGAGGAGCUGGCCUAAGUUCGGUGACGCAGCGAACGAGGACGCCGGAAGCAAUCUCACCAUGGUUUCUACGGAAGAGAUUGUCUUGGAACGACCUAGAGCUCCUGGCACCAAAGCAGAAGAAUCGAGUGGAGACAGCUUGUCUCAGCUGAGCAAACCUGGUGCGGUCCUCAUGGUCUGCAGGACAUGCCACAAGAAAGGUGAUCACUGGACAUCAAAGUGUCCUUACAAGGAUCUAGCUGUACCAGCGGAUGUCUUUGUGGACAAGCCACCCACUGGGGAGCCAUCUGCCGUAUCCGCUGCACCUGGACCUGGCAAGGCCUCUUAUGUCCCGCCCAGCAUGAGACCUGGUGCGGACAGAAGCGCUGCUGGUUCGGACAUGAGGAGGAGGAACGAUGAGAACUCUGUUCGUGUCACUAACUUGUCUGAAGACACCCGUGAGCCGGAUUUGAUGGAGCUUUUCCAUCCGUUUGGAGCUGUCACGCGUGUCUACGUGGCGAUUGAUCAGAAAACUGGAGUGAGCAGAGGGUUUGGAUUCGUUAAUUUCGUGAGCAGAGAAGACGCUCAACGAGCAAUCAACAAGUUGAAUGGUUAUGGUUAUGAUAACCUCAUCCUCAGGGUUGAGUGGGCUACUCCAAGACCCACCCAGUAGAUCUCUUUUUUGAGCCAUUCAAAAACUCGUUCUUAUUUUCUUAUUUUCUGCCGUGGAUUCUUGUUGACCUACCGUUUUGUUUGGUUUUGUUCGAAUUAGGUGAGAAGAUAUUGUUUUCAUCUUUUUAAUACCUAAGGCAUGUUUUGAGUAUC